AUGUGCACGAUCAUCAUCAAUGGCAUGGAGUUCUCGGUGACUAGAACUCUAUAUACUACACUCCGAUAUUUGAGACACACAACUUUAGAAAGGGUAUUUUGGAUCGAUGGUGUGUGCAUCAAUCAGAAAGAUACCCUUGAGCGCAAUCAUCAAGUCGCACAGAUGGGCCAGAUAUAUUCAUGUGCACGCUGCGUCAGAAUUUGGCUCGGUGAAGCAACAGUUGAUAUUGGAGCUGCGAUGGAUCUCGUCUCCGCGUCCCAGAACGGGGUCAUCAAAAACUGGACCAUUGAGAAUUGGGCCAUCGAGAGCUGGCCUACCCCGAAUUGGCAGACAAAACACAUCCAACAGCGGGUGGUCUUAUGCGUAAGGUCGUACCGAGUUGGUGCUUCCUCUCUGACAAAACUGCUCAAGCGACCCUAUUGGCAGAGGAUGUGGGUUUUCCAGGAGAUCGUUCUCGCCAAACGUGCAGUGGUGCACUGCGGAAGCUUUGAGGUUGAUUGGUCCUCUUUUCGUGAAAUGGAUGGUGUAAUGGCGGAUCAACGCCUCUGGGCAGAGGUUCCCAUGAACGAAUCAUGGGUGCAUGACCUCCGCAGAGCGUUUUUUGGGAUCGCGCAAUUUUGCGUGGAAAGGGAUCAAUCGGCCUACUUAAACAAUGUCCUCUAUCCCACCAGGAAUCUGAAAUGCACCGAUCCGAGGGACAAAUUAUAUGCGCUCAUGGGCGUCUGCGAGAUGUCCCGAUCCCUAGGAUUCGUUCCAGACUACACGAGAUCUGUAUGCCAUGUAUAUACCGAUUUCACCAGGAGUUUGAUCGACAGGCAGAAAGACUUUUCGAACCUCUUGACUGCAGGACUAUGGAAUUGUAAGAAUGGAAUAGAUAUCUGCCUUCCAACGUGGGUUCCCGACUAUCGUGGGACACACGGUGUGAAUAUUCGAUAUCUAGCAGCGAGUUAUCUCGAGCACUUCAACGCGUCAAAAGGGAGAAAAGGCUUCUAUCUAUUCCAACAUGAUGAAGAGGGGGAACUGACUCGGCUGCAGGUGCGCGGAUCAGUAUUUGAUACCGUCAAAAAUACUGCAAUGUUUGCAAAUGGAAAGGAAACUCGACAAAUACUCGAAGUCCUCGUAGAUCAAGAAAGUCUUGGUCCGACUCAGCCAUUACUAUCUGCAAGGACUCUUUUGGACUCUUUUUUCAGGAUCAUGGUUUUCGAAGACCCGACAACCUCACCAGAAACAAACCGGGACCGUCUGGCUCGACUUGCUGUAGGCUUUGCUUACGACCUAUUGACUGCAGGCACUCCAUCAUCUGGUAGUCGAACUUCCGAAAACACAUUUGCCGCAAUUAUUGACUUCCUUUCCUCUUUGAAAACUUCACUUGAAAGCCAUCCUUUUGAAGCGCUGGGUGAAAGUUACCUCAAGCUAAUGGAAGAAGACCCAGAACAGCUUCAUUGGUUCCGAGAAGAGUAUCUGGCACGAAGCAGAGAAACAUCACAAGGCUCGACACCGUCCUUCUUCUCAACGCAGAGACAUUGCAUUGGGAAGGGAGUUACAUCAGUAUCUCCCGGCGAUGUCGUAGCUGUGAUAUUUGGUUGUCGAAUUCCCGUUGUCCUACGAUCGAGUGGGCGUUUCUAUCAGCUUGUUGGCCCUUGCUACGUGCACGGGGCGAUGAAUGGAGAGGUUGUGCGGGAGCUUGGUACCAUUCCCGGGGUGGAGGAACAAGAUAUUAUCUUGGUGUGA